AUGACUUCAGCUUUCAAUAGAAAGAUAUCCAACCUCAAUCCAUCCAUCUACACAGAACUACUUAAGGUAUUGAAUAUCAUUGGAAUAGUAUUCGGUCUGACUUUUACAGUUAUUGGCAGUUUAUCACUUGUGCCAGAUAGUUUAAUUAUUCAUUUUAUUGAAAAAAUCGGACUCGGUGAAAUAUUCAAAUCCGAGGCGAAAAAGAAAGUUUUUUCCGGUUUCUUAGGAUUCGUAAAUGACUAUACAACUUCUUUAUUUCUAAUUGGAUUGACAGUGUUGUGUGUUUCAACGUUUGGACUUUUUGUAGCCGUUACAAAGAAGAGAACACUUUUAAUUGUAUAUCUUGGGCUGUUAGUUUUUCUUAUGUUUGGUCAUACUGUUGCACUUAUUAUUUACACAAUACACAGGCAUAAACCUCCUGAAUCUUUAGUUACGAAUAUGAAGAACUUAGCUGCAAACUUUGUCAGUGAAAGCAGUGAAGAUGCCUACAGUAAAGCAUUAACAUUUAUCAUGAAAAAAUUUAAUUGUUGCGGUGCAAUCAAUGGAAGUGAUUUCAGUAAUUCAUCUAGCUUUCAAAGGAGCCAAAAGGGUAAACAAUUGAAGUAUCCGCCAUUGUGUUGCAAGUCAGAUACUUCAAAAACUGGAGAACAAAAGUGUAAUUCAAAAGUUGAUACUUUCCAUAUUGGUUGUGCAAAGAGAAUCCAUGAAAAGUAUCUACGUCUUACAGAUAUAUUUGCUUAUUUAACAAUAGUUGUCUAUCUGGUUAAUAUAAUUACAAUUGUCAUGGGUAUAAUGGUUCUCAGUAUUCCUCCACAUCAAAAGCCCAAGAAGUUAUCAGGAGACAAUUAAUAAAAACACCAUUUGACAAUCUAUACAUAUGAUUAAAAUACUCCGAAGAGAAACAUUUUUACUGAAAUACU